AUGGAGCAGCAGCUAGUGACUUUGCUUAGCGACACGCAAUCCGCUCAGGAGACGACGCGGAAGAAUGCCGAAUUCCAGCUGAAACAGCUGUAUCAGAAUGUCGACUUCCCACUAGGCCUGAUCUCGGUCGGAUCACAUGCGGAUGUGCCUGUCGAUGUUCGACAAGCAGCGCUGUUGUACCUGAAGACAUUUAUCUUGGCGUGUUGGUCUCCUCAGUACGACGAAUUCUCUGGACCUCUGUACGCCGACGAGACGAAGAAAGCUCAGGUCCGCCAGAGACUCCUGGAAUUGGCAUUGAGCGGACAGGAUGAGAGGAAGAUCAAGAGCGCCGCAAGUCUGGUAGUCAGCAAGAUUGCUACCUCAGACUUUCCGGAUGAGUGGCCAGAACUUCUGCCGAGCGUACUCAGCGUGGUCUCCACCGGCGCCAACUCCCAGCUACACGGAGCUCUCAAGGUCCUGAACGAGCUGGUCGACGACUGCUUCAACGAAGAGCAAUUCUUCAAAGUUGCUCGGGAUCUUGUCAAGGUUGUGUUUGAUGUGGCUGUCAACGGGAACCGAAAGCCAACACUGCGAGCACUGGGCGUCUCAGUCUUCAGGUCAUGCUUCGAUACCCUCGAAAUGGUGAUGGAGGACCACAAGAUUGAAGUCAAGGCGUUUGCAGUUGAAUCUCUGUCGACAUGGCUUCCCUUCUUCCUCGAAACGAUGAAGACGCCUCUGCCACCAUCACCGGCUCAGACACAAACCGCAGACGAUGCAUCUGCUGCUGAGUCAUACCGCGGCCACGUCGCGCUGAAGCUUCAAAUUGUCAAAGUCCUGAUGCGAGUACGCUCACUCUUCCCUUCUAUCCUCUCACCUCAAAGCCCUGCGCUGUUUUCCGCUACGUGGCAGGAACUUCUCCAAGUACAAGGCCAAUACCAGCAAAUGUACAUUGAGGACGACAUGCAAGGUCGCUUGGAAGACGCCGAUGGUCUGCCAUAUACUUUGGACUUCUUGGUGCUCGAAGAGCUCGACUUCAUGCAGGCAUGUCUGCGCGCCCCGCCGGUCCGGAAAGAACUCGAGCAGCAAUUGCAAGCAUCCAAUGGCGGCCCGACCUGGAUCACUGAAGUCAUGAAGAUUGCGGUGGCAUAUGCACAGAUCACAGCCGAAGAAGAAGGCAUGUGGGAUUUCGACGUCAACGUCUUUCUGUCGGAAGAGGUCAACGUCACUGCAAAUUACACACCCCGAUCAGCUUGUGGAGACCUCAUCAUCAAGCUUGGCGAAUGGCUCAGCAGUGCUACGGUCGACGGCCUUUCUGCGUACACGCGGAGUCUGUACACCGAGAAUGCAGGCUGGAAGGCGAAAGAGGCCGCUCUUUACCUGCUCACGCAGCUGUUGGGAGACUUUCAGGACGUGGAGAAGCACGUUGGGCCAGAGUCCGCAAACAGCUAUGUUGACUUGUUCAAGCACGCCAUGCAAGAGCAGGACAUUUUCCUGAGAGCGAGAGGCUACCUGGCCGCAGCUAGCUUGACGCGCACAUCGGGCGAUGCGCUGCAGUCCGUGGCAACUUCGUUUAUGGAGGCCUCGUUGCAAGCUAUCAGCAACGACGAAUCCGAGAUUGUGAAAGUGUCAUGCAUUCGGGCGCUGCAAUUCUAUCUGGCCUCGCUUCCGUCUGCUGCGACAGUGCCUCGUCAAGCUGCCAUUGUAGCAUCGCUGUCAGAUUUCCUCAGCACGCAAGAUUUCAGCGACGUGGUCGACAGCGACGACUUGUUGAUCACCAUCAUCGAGACUCUGCGAGACACCAUCCUCCUAGAGACUCGUAGCUGUCUAGAAGGUGGUGGUCUCGAUCUACUCUUCACAACGGCGAGUCGAGGCGCUGCCAAUUUUCAAAUCUCUAUGCUCGUGACCGAAACGUUCGAGCAGAUCACUGAGACUGUCUCGGAAGCAGGUAGUGAGGCAUACGCCCAGCUCUCUAUCAAGGUCUUGCCUUCGCUGAUGGGCGCAUUCGAUGUUGCAUCUCUGACCGAAGAGAAUGCGUUGGCAAAUCUUGCUGCCGAGCUUUUGGCCGUCCUUGCAGAGCAUGGCUCAUCACCUUUGCCGGCAGGAUUCGUGACGACUGUGAUGCCACGACUCAAUCGACUCCUCCUGGCUUCUCAAGACGAUGAGCUUCUCAAGUCGGCCACCGCGGCGGUCAAGCACAUGCUCCAUCACGACUCGGAGCAGGUCUUUGGCUUCCACGAUCAAGAUGGCAAAGGCGGUCUUGAAAUGCUUCUCAUAAUUAUCGAUCGACUCCUGACGCCCGCCGUUGAUGACCACGGUGCAGCAGAGGUCGGCGGUCUGGCAGCGGAACUGGUUGAAAAGGCAGGCUCGGAAAAGCUCGGACCGUACCUCAUGCAGCUCCUUCGCGCUGUCGCCGCCCGUCUUGCUACCGCGACUCAAGCGCAAUUCAUCCAGAGUUUGAUCCUCGUAUUUGCCCGGCUCUCGCUCAUCUCAGCUUCGGACGUCGUUGGCUUCCUUGCUGAUGUUCAGCUCGACCAAGGCACUGGCCUUCAAGUGGUCAUCAGCAAAUGGCUUGAGAACUCCGUCAACUUUGCGGGCUACGAAGAUAUCAGGCAGAACGUGAUUGCUCUAUCAAAGCUGUUCGAACUCGGCGACCCUCGCAUCACAGCAGUCCAGGUCAAAGGAGACAUGAUCGUGCCGACCUCAGAUCGUAUCAUGACCCGUUCCCGCGCACGCAACAAUCCGGAGCAGUACACGAUAAUCUCAGCUCAGCUCAAGAUCAUCAAAGUUCUGGUCGAUGAACUUCUCUCGGCUUCGGGCAAUGCACGCAACAUCGACGCCAACAACGCAGCCGAGCUCGAUGAUGACGACGAAGACGACGAUUGGGAGGAUGAUGGCGGAGACUUCCUCGACCUGGGUUCUGGCAUGACAAAAUCGCAGUUGAUGGCAUAUGCUGCUGAAGACGGACCGGGUACUUCUCGCGGCAGAGACGACGAGACGCAAUCCUACCUGGUGCAAUUCUUCCAGCAAGCUGCACAAAAGCCGGGCUUCACCGAUGUGUUCAAUGCCUUGACCGCAGACGAGCAAGAGAAGCUGCGAACUAUGAGCGAGUGA